GAACGAUCUGUCAGUGGCAGCAGUCCAUAUUUUCGGCCGGGACAGUAGCACGGCCAGCAGUGAAAGUGAGAAAUAACUCCGUAAACUUGGGAUACUUUUGACCGCGAGGACUGAUGAGCGAACAAUACACAUAUGAAGGGCAGCAGGAUGAAUGUGGAGACUCUCAGUAAAGCUGAACUUCUGAUGCUGCUCAGCAUUCUGGAAGGAGAACUGGAAGCACAAGAUGUAGUCAUACACACACUCAGGGCACAACAGAGAGAUGCAUUUGUACAGGAGCGAUAUGGACAUUACAACCUCCGUGACCCCUUCAUAGCACUGCUGAGAGACAGCGAACUGUCCCAGGCUCAGGAUGAUGAACGGCAGAGUCCCGUGUGUCUGAACCCACUGGGCGUGUUGAAGCUAGUAAUGGCCCACUGCACCAACAUGAAGGAGAAAUUGCUGAAACAGCUUGCUGCUGCAGAGAGGAGACACAGACGGGUAAUAGCUGAUUUAGAAGAAGAGAAACAACGGCGUGCUCAAGACAAUGCUGCGGGUGAUGACAUCACUGCCAUGUUGGAGAAGGAACGAGACAGACUACUGCAACAGCUGGAGUUUGAGAGGGCUCAAGUUGAACGUUUAGAACGUGAGAGGUCAGUCCUGUCGAAUCAAGCUGAGGAUUUAGCGCAGCAGCAGCAGUUAUCCUCGACCCUGGCGAAAGAAUGUCAGAAGGCUACAGCACGGGCAGAGGAGGAGUGCCAGCGGGUUGCGGAGCUCACCCGCCAGCUGGAACAGGAGAGCAGUACUAUCAAAACCCUAAAGGGGGAGCUGGAGAGCGAACGCACUCAUGUUCAGCAGAUAGAGGUGAGAGGUGAGAGAAAGCUGGCCGAAUUGGAUACAGAGUGCGAGCAGAUGAGAGGGAAAUUACAGAAGGAAGAAAAACAAUAUCAGGAGCUUUUGCAUAAGUUCAAUAGUCUAAAGAAAGAGUUGGAUGAAAUGAAAGAAAGAGAAAAGGCAGGGCUGGAAAAGGACAGUGAAGAAAAGGUAAAAUCUCCAGCUUUCAAAUCUGCCUCAAAUUCAGCAGACAAGAAAGCUACCACAGGUAUCACGCCUCCUCUUAGUCAAACCGAAGUCGAUGGCAAAACCAUUGCAUCUAAAUCAUCUCCACCACCCAAGCUAAAUGGUCACCACACUCCCAGAGAACCAGAGUCUCCAGCAGACGAGAGGUGCAAGGAAGAGGGAUCGGUGGACUUUGGGGUAGUGCUCCCUGGAGAAAGUGGAGCCUUGCAGUGUCUCUCCCCCAGCAGUCCUGCCUCAUCCUCCCUUAGCUCAUCUCCUUGCUCUUCCCCAGGACUGACCAAACGUUUGGCCUCUCUAGGCUGCUCUAGUCCGACCUAUCCAUCCUCCUUCCAAGCCAGCAUCAACCAGCGAUUCCAAGCAGCACGCCACAAGUUUCAGCAACAAGCUGAGGCAGACCACAAACACGAAAUAUCCAUUGUCCACUCGCCUCGAGACCUCUCUCCUACUGCGGCUGUUCCUACUACUCCAGACAAUUCUGCGGCAAAGCAGAUUGCCCGCAACACUGUCACUCAGGUGCUGUCACGGUUCACUAGCCAACAAGUGGCAAGUAAACACCCUCCGUCCAACAGCUCGCCCUUUGGCACUGAUUACCGCAAUCUGGCCUCAGCCUCCUCACCAACAGGGAAGAGCCCAGGGCUUCCUUCACCAGGGAUCCGCUCACCAAUAAUCCCUAGGGUGGAGAAGAUUCAUCCAUCCCCUGUUGAUCCCAAAAAGCAGGGUGGCAACCAGUCUCCUGGCUCACCGGUUCUUUCAGGCAGAGCCAGCCACUUCCCUGAGCUCUCUGGGAGCUGUGGUCUCACCAGUGGUCAGGAAGAUGCAAAAGAGUUUGACUUGGUCAUGUCAUCAUCUACUUAACCAACCUAGGGUCCACAACCUGCCCUUAGCCUUCUCCACUCCAUUCCCUCCAGUGGCAUCUAAAUCACUCUUCAGAGAACCUCAAGGUUUCCUUCUUUUGUUAUUGUUCACCCUUGUCAUGUCAUAAUUGUCUAUUCUUGUCCGUAAGAGGGUAGUUCACCAAUAAAUGAAAAAUCUUUAGUUAUUUACUCACCCACAUGCCUUUAUGACCUUUUUGGAUCCUGGACUUUCAGCAUAGGGACAGAAACCAGCCAUUUUGAUGAUUAAUCAAAGUCGUACAGGUUGGAAACAACAUGAGGGUGAGUAAAUGCAGACAGAAUUUUCAUUUUAAGUACCUCAUUUUGGAUGACUCCUAUCAGAAACUGAAACAACGGUCUUGGAACCUCUACAAAUAAGUUAGUGUUAAAGAAAGACAUCCAGAAUGUGCAGUGAUGUGAUACUCCAGAACUGAAAACCAUUGGUCUGAAACGGUAGCCACCCCUACUCCUGGAGUGCUACCUUUCUGCAAAAUUUUGCUCAAACUUUAAUCAAACACACCUGAACCAGCUAACGAAAGGUGUUUAUUAUUACUUGAAGAUUAAAGGCAGGUUGUGUUUGAACUGAGCUCUGCAUGAAGGUAAUUCUCUAGGAGCACGGUUGGAUACACCUGCUCUAGUGUACCUUGUGUUUUUUCAAUCAAUCAACCUCUCAAAAACUACUCCCAUUCAAAUACAACAACCUCCAAAAUACUACUCCUACUGAGAUUUAAUCUAUUUAAACACAAUUGUAAUCGUGUUAUUCUGUUUUUAUUUUUUACAAAAAAAAAAAAUAUAUAUAUAUAUUUGUGUUAUUCAUUAUUUGCCAAUUCCUGAUGACAUGCACAGAUAGAAAUAUAAGUAUAUAAAGUAAAAACUGUGCUAAGCAAAUGGUGAUUAGUCUUCAACCAAUCGGUCAGUCUUACGCUACAAAUGAGAGCUAAGAUCUGGCUGGUGACUGACAUUUAUAUUAAGUUUAUGGUAAAUAUAUAAACUAUUGGUUUUCUGAAAAGCAGUAAUAUAUGAUGUGCAGUUGCUGUUCAUUUCUUGAGUCUAUGUCAAAAUCAAGGAGAUAUGAACGGAUAUGAAAUGGUCAUGGAAAACCUCUGUCCUACUGUAUUGCACCAUGACUUCACCGUCCUCUAGUGUCAGUCUGAAGUGCUGCUCAGGAAGCUGCCACCUGGUGUUUGGGCAGCAUUCAACAUCAGCCAAGCUAGAAUACCUUCUCUGUAAAUGAAGAUUCAAAAUGCUUGUUUAUAUGCCACACAAAGUCUUGUCAUGUGACAUGAUAGUCGACAAUAUUUACAAUUAAGUUAAAAUGUUAUGUUCUGUGAAUGUAAUUCUGGGUCCAACAACUAUGCCUGGAUGUAUAUCUCCAUCACUGAUUUUUUGUGUUUAUACUGGUCAGUCUUAUAUUUAAAAUUCAAUUUAAUUAAACAUUAGGUAGAACCUAUAGCACCAGUUUACAUGAUUCACUACCAUGGUAAAAGCACAAAUGAGUAAUGUCAUCAUUUAAUGAUUACUUUACCCUGGGACUUUAUUUUCUUUCCUACCUGUAUGUCCUUCUUUAAGUCUUUUGGCAUUUAAACCUUUUAGUAUGAAAAUAGAUAUGAUUUUAUCUCUUGCUGGCAUGAAGGUAUUGCUCACAUUAAUACAGUAUACAAUCUUAACUUGCUUACAAGAGAACAGUAUUUGGGGUUUUAUGAGUAAAUGGGGUGCAUGUUUUGGUCCUGUCCUACUGUCAUUCAAUGUUUUUGUUUUUAAAUACCUCACCAUUUCACCUACUGUACUGAAAACUUUGUAAGUAGUAGUUUUUUUUUUUUUGCAUCAAUAAACCUGAACAGAAACUUGGAAUUUUUAUAUUUCUACCUGAGACUUUCAAAGAACAGGUUCUAAUCUUUUAGCAAGUUAGAUGAAAAUAGUUUCUUAAAUUAAUUGCAUUUUUCCAUGUUUUUUACAGCAAAUUAGCAGUGUUGAAUUUA